AUGGACGUGGACCUGGACGUGGACGUGGACGUGGUCAUGGACGUGGACACGGACGUGGACGUGGACGUGGACAGGGACGUGGACACGGACGUGGACGUGGACGUGGACAGGGACGUGGACACGGACGUGGACACGGACGUGGACAUAGACACGGACGUGGACGUGGACGUGGACAUGGACGUGGACGUGGACGUGGACAUGGACGUGGACAUGGGCGUGGACGUGGACGUGGACGUGGACGUGGACGUGGACGUUGACGUGGACGUGGACGUGGACGUUGACGUGGACGUGGACGUGGACGUGGGUGGACUUGGACAUGGACAUGGACGUGGACGUGGACGUGGACGUGGACGUGGACGUGGACUUGGACGUGGACAUGGACGUGGACGUGGACGUGGACGUGGACGUGGUCCUGGUCGUGGACGUGGUCGUAGACGUGGACGUGGCCGUCCACGACGUGGACUUGCACGUGGACGUGGACGUGGACGUGGACGUGGUCGUGGACGUGGACGUGGACAUGGACGUGGUCGUGGUCGUGGUCGUGGACGUAGAUGUGGUCGUGGAUGUGGACGUGGACGUGGACGCGGAGGACGUGGGCGUGGACGCGGAGGACGUGGACGUGGACGCGGUGGACGUGGACGUGGACGUGGACAUGGUCGUGGACGUGGACGUGGAAAUGGACGUGGACGUGGACGUGGACAUGGACGUGGACGUGGACGUGGACAUGGUCGUGGACGUGGACGUGGACGUGGACAUGGACAUGGACGUGGACGUGGACGUGGACAUGGUCGUGGACAUGGACGUGGACGUGGUCGUGGUGUGGACGUGGACGUGGACCUGGACGUGGACGUGGACGUGGACGUGGUCGUGGACGUGGACCUGGACGUGGACCUCGACGUGGACGUGGACGUGGACGUGGACGUGGACGUGGACGUGGACGUGGACGUGGACGUGGACGUGGACGUGGACGUGGACGUGAAUAUGGACAUGGACUUGGACGUGGACAUGGACGUGGACGUGGACGUGGACGUGGACGUGGUCAUGGACGUGGACAUGGACGUGGACGUGGACGUGGACAGGGACGUGGACACGGACGUGGACACGGACGUGGACACGGACGUGGACACGGACGUGGACAUCGUUGGGACGUGGACGUGGACGUGGACGUGGACGUGGACGUGGACAUGGACGUGGACGUGGGCGUGGACGUGGACGUGGACGUGGACGUGGACGUGGACAUGGACGUGGACGUGGACGUGGACGUUGACGUGGACGUGGACGUGGACGUGGGUGGACUUGGACAUGGACAUGGACGUGGACGUGGACGCGGACGUGGACGUGGACGUGGACGUGGACUUGGACGUGGACAUGGACGUGGACGUGGACGUGGACGUGGACGUGGUCGUGGACGUGGACGUGGACAUAGACGUGGACGUGGACGUGGACAUGGACUUGGACGUGGACGUGGACGUGGACGUGGUCGUGGACGUGGACGUGGACAUAGACGUGGACGUGGACGUGGAGGACUUGGACAUGGACAUGGACGUGGACGUGGACGUGGACGUGGACAUGGACGUGGACCUGGACGUGGACGUGGACGUGGACGUGGACAUAGACGUGGACGUGGACGUGGACGUGGACGCGGACGUGGACGUGGUCGUGGACGUGGACGUUGACAUGGACAUGGACGUGGACGUGGACGUGGACGUGGAUGUGGACGUGGACAUGGUCGUGGACGUGGACGUGGACGUGGACAUGGACGUGGACGUGGACGUGGACGUGGACGUGGACAUGGUCGUGGACGUGGACAUGGACGUGGACGUGGACGUGGACAUGGACGUGGACGUGGACGUGGUCGUUGACGUGGAGGACUUGGACGUGGACAUGGACGUGGACUUGGACGUGGUCGUGGACGUGGACGUGGACGUGGUCGUGGUCGUGGACGUGGUCGUAGACGUGGACGUGGUCGUCCACGACGUGGACUUGGACGUGGACGUGGACGUGGACCUGGACGUGGUCGUGGACGUGGACGUGGACAUGGUCGUGGACGUGGACGUGGACGUGGACGUGGACGUGGACGUGGACGUUGACGUGGACGUGGACGUGGACCUGGACGCGGACGUGGACGUGGACCUGGACGCGGACGUGGACGUGGACGUGGACGGACGUGGACAUGGACGUGGACGUGGACUGGACGUGGACGUGGACGUGGACGUGGACGUGGAGGUGGACAUGGACGUGGACAUGGUCGUGGACGUGGACGUGGACGUGGACGUGGACAUGGACGUGGACAUGGACGUGGACAUGGACGUGGACGUGGACGUGGACGUGGACGUGGACGUGGACGUGGACGUGGACCUGGUCGUGGACGUGGACCUGGUCGUGGACGUGGACGUGGACGUGGACGUGGACGUGGACGUGGACGUGGACGUGGACGUGGUCGUAGACGUGGACAUGGACGUGGACAUGGACGUGGACGUGGACGUGGACGUGGACGUGGUCGUGGACAUGGACCUGGACGUGGACGUGGACGUGGACGACUUGGACGUGGACUUGGACGUGGACAUGGACGUGGACGUGGACGUGGUCAUGGACGUGGACGUGGACGUGGACGUGGUCCUGGUCGUGGACGUGGUCGUAGACGUGGACGUGGCCGUCCACGACGUGGACUUGCACGUGGACGUGGACGUGGACGUGGACGUGGUCGUGGACGUGGACGUGGACAUGGACGUGGUCGUGGUCGUGGUCGUGGACGUAGACGUGGUCGUGGAUGUGGACGUGGACGUGGACGCGGAGGACGUGGACUUGGACGCGGAGGACGUGGACGUGGACGUGGACGUGGACGUGGACGUGGACGUGGACAUGGACGUGGACGUGGACGUGGACGUGGACGUGGACGUGGACAUGGACGUGGACGUGGACGUGGACUUGGACAUGGUCGUGGACGUGGACGUGGACGUGGACAUGGACGUGGAUGUGGACGUGAUCGUGGACGUGGACGUGGACGUGGACGUGGACGUGGACGUGGACGUGGUCGUGGACGUGGACGUGGACCUGGACGUGGAUGUGGACGUGGACGUGGACGUGGACGUGGACGUGGACGUGGACGUGGACCUGGACGUGGUCGUGGACGUGGACGUGGACGUGGACGUGGACCUGGACGUGGUCGUGGACGUGGACCUGGACGUGGACGUGGACGUGGACGUGGACGUGGACGUGGACAUGGACGUGGACGUGGACGUGGACGUGGACGUGGACGUGGAUAUGGACGUGGACGUGGACGUGGACAUGGACAUGGACGUGGACGUGAAUAUGGACGUGGUCGUGGAUGUGGACGUGGACGUGGACGCGGAGGACGUGGACGUGGACGCGGAGGACGUGGACGUGGACGCGGUGGACGUGGACGUGGACGUGGACAUGGUCGUGGACGUGGACGUGGAAAUGGACGUGGAUGUGGACGUGGACGUGGACGUGGACAUGGACGUGGACGUGGACGUGGACUUGGUCGUGGACGUGGACGUGGACGUGGACAUGGACAUGGACGUGGACGUGGAGGUGGACAUGGUCGUGGACAUGGACGUGGACGUGGUCGUGGACGUGGACGUGGACGUGGACGUGGACGUGGACGUGGACGUGGACGUGGACGUGGACGUGGACGUGGACGUGGUCGUAGACGUGGACGUGGACAUGGACGUGGACGUGGACGUGGACGUGGACGUGGACGUGGUCGUGGACGUGGACCUGGACGUGGACAUGGACGUGGACGUGGACGUGGUCGUGGACGUGGACCUGGACGUGGACGUGGACGUGGACGUGGACCUGGACGUGGACGUGGUCGUGGACGUGGACCUGGACGUGGACGUGGACGUGGACGUGGACCUGGACGUGGUCGUGGACGUGGACGUGGACGUGGACGUGGACGUGGACGUGGACGUGGACGUGGACGUGGACGUGGAUAUGGACGUGGACGUGGACGUGGACAUGGACGUGGACAUGGACGUGGACGUGGACGUGGACGUAGACGUGGACGUGAAUAUGGACGUGGACGUGGAUGUGGACGUGGACAGGGACGUGGACCUGGACGUGGACGUGGACGUGGUCAUGGACGUGGACAUGGACGUGGACGUGGACGUGGACAGGGACGUGGACACGGACGUGGACAUGGACGUGGACACGGACGUGGACACGGACGUGGACAUGGUUGGGACGUGGACGUGGAUGUGGACGUGGACGUGGACGUGGACAUGGACGUGGACGUGGGCGUGGACGUGGACGUGGACGUGGCCUGGACGUGGACAUGGACGUGGACGUGGACGUGGACGUUGA